CAUCCUUUUGCUGGAAAUGGGGCGUGCUGGCUUGAUGUCAAUGUGCAACGUUUAAUCACCGAGGUAAAUACCAAAACGUCGGCACGACUACGGGCUGCAGCCUUGCCGGGGAAUCUCAUCACACACACAUGGAGCGACGGAGAGAGAGUCUGAAGGUUCUGCGGCUUACUAUUCAAAGAGAGCAACUUGUUCAUUCUUAAUGAUCCAGCUUCUCGAUUUGUUGGUGUCGCGGUAUAGGAAUCAGUGAAGGGAAAUAACGGAAAGAUAGCCAAUAGAUCGAGUAGCGACGAAAGAGAUGAUGGUGGGAACCGAUACUUGGAAGGCUCAUGCAGCCAUGGUACUGGUUCAGAUGAACUAUGCUGGAUACCACGUAAUCGCCAAGUUGGCCCUCAAUGUUGGAAUGAACCAGGUGGUCUUCUGCGUCUACAGGGACAUGCUGGCUCUCGCCCUGCUCGCCCCCAUCGCCUAUUACCGAGAAAAAAGGAUCCGGUCGCCGAUAUCUCGUCAGCUUCUUGUGUCGUUCUUCUUUCUUGGUCUAACGGGUAUAUUUGGUAAUCAGCUUCUGUUUCUGAUUGGUCUUGGAUAUACGAGUCCAACAUAUGCUGCAGCUGUACAGCCUGCUGUACCAGUAUUUACAUUUAUUUUGGCUGCAUUAAUGGGCACAGAGACAGUUAAUUUAAAAACAAUUGAAGGCCAGUUGAAAGUUCUAGGCACCCUUAUCUGUGUUUCUGGAGCUAUGCUGAUGGCAUCAUUUAGGGGUCCGGCAGUUAUUGGAAGUGGGUUUCUGGACCUUGCUGCUCACAGUGAGAUAAAUGUGCUAGCCCAACCAGAGCCUAUUGGGUGGUUAUCUCCUCGUCUAAUGGAGUUUGGGCUUGAAAGAUGGCACAUUGGUAUCCUGUGCUUGAUAGGAAACUGCUUAUGCAUGUCUAUAUAUCUGGCCUUACAGGCUCCAAUUUUAAAGAGAUACCCCGCUAACUUGUCAUUGACAGCAUAUUCUUAUUUCUUUGGUGCUCUUUUCAUGACUUUUACUGGAGUAUUUUCAACCAAUGGCUAUGCUGAUUGGGUCUUGACACAAUCUGAGAUACGCACAGUGAUAUAUGCUGGAGUUGUUGCAUCUGCUAUCAACUAUGGGCUUCUGACUUGGGCUAAUAAGAUCAUCGGUCCCACAUUAGUGGCAUUGUAUAACCCAGUUCAACCUGUUGCAUCUGCCUUUUUGUCAAGAAUUUUCCUUGGAAGCACGAUAUAUAUGGGAAGUAUUUUUGGAGGAUCUCUUAUAGUCGCUGGUUUAUAUAUUGUGACAUGGGCACGCUAUAGAGAGCGACUUGCAAGUGUAGGGCUACAUGUUCAUGAACUUGCACCAUUACUUAAAAUUUCAUCACCCACGGGCAACAGUAUGGAUGAAAAAAGAAUCACUUGAAUGUUGGCAGACAGCGUAUGUAUUCUUGUUUCUGGUUUUCGAUUCCGUUGGAGGAGCACAUCCACAUGCAUGCGGACACAAGCACAGACAAGGACGGGAUUCAAAGAAGG